CCCAGCACUUUCAUUGUCAGCCUCGCAGGGCGCGGGGGGGCCACUCUCGCCACACUGCCUAACUGGAAUGGACAGCGGGAGUCUGGGGUGGGUGAGCACCCUGUACCCCCCAUGCCCUGCCUGCUGACACAGCACCCUGCCUGCCUGCACCAUCGGCACUUCGGUGCCUGCCUAUAAAGGGCGAGGGGAGAAGCCAGCGCCAGCACCGCCACCUUCGCCGCUGUGCCCUGCCGACCAACAGCCAAGCGACCUGCAUGACCAGCAGCGAAGCCAUGGACACCCUGGGGCAGUACAAGAUCACAGUGUGGGAGGAGGAGAGCUUCCAGGGCAAGCGCUGCGAGUUCCUCAUGGAGUGCCCCAGCAUCAUGGAACGCAGCUUCCGCAAGAUCCGCUCCAUCAAGGUGGAGUCUGGCCCCUGGGUGGGAUUUGAGUACCCUGAGUACCAGGGGCAGCAGUUUAUCCUGGAGAAGGGUGACUAUCCCCGAUGGGAGGCCUGGAGCGGGAACAGCGGCUACCGGACCGAGCACCUUCUCUCCUUCCGCCCCGUCAAGUGUGCGAACCACAACGACAGCAAAGUCACCCUCUACGAGGCGGAGAACUUCCAGGGGCACAAGUUUGAGCUGAGCGAUGACUACCCCUCCCUGCAGGCCAUGGGUUGGGGUAACAAGGAGGUGGCAUCCAUUAAAGUGAACGCUGGAGCGUGGGUGGCCUACCAGUACCCAGGAUACAGGGGCUACCAGUACGUGCUGGAGCGGGACAGACAGAACGGUGAGUUCAAGAAGUACAACGAAUACAGCAGCCAGGCCCACACCAACCAGAUCCAAUCCAUCCGCCGCGUCCAGCACUGAGCAGGGGCAGCACCACACGCCCCGCAGCCUCCAGGCUGCUGUGCAAUAGACCUCUAUCUGGUAGCAAAUAAAGGCAUUUGUCAAAAAAAAAAAAAAAA